AUGGGAGCCACGGCCACCAAGAGUGUUCCAUCAGAAAUUGUAGAGAAAGAACUCCUUCGGCAUGACCCGGAUUCCAACUCAGACAUGCUGGCCUCUCGAGGGCUGACUCCCCAGGAGUCUGAGACGUUGGAGGAUGUCACAGACCCCCGGAGGAGAAGUGGAGAGCGGUUCCUCUGGGUGCAGGAGGAAGGAGCAGUGAGCUGGGAGCCUUUGCCCCAGUGUUUAUACAGCACGUUUCCAGGGUCAGCUGCCGUUCAGUGCUUGAGUUGUGAAUGUUUAACACAUGGUGAUAAUGCAACUUGUCAACCUCUGUGGGUCAGCCAGAAUCCAGAGGAUGAGCCUGGGAAUCCUGAGACCACGUGCUCUUUCGAAGAAAAGAAACUCUUAGAUUUAGAAACCUCUGGGCUUUUCAGAAACCAGAAAACUGCAUGUAAGGAACCAGUCUUGCGCUCCAGGGAGAAUAAGAAAGAACACAGCACAGUGAAAGUCUCAUUGCCAAAUUCAGUUGAGAAAGUUGUACAUCAAGUUCCAGCAAUGAUUACCUAUUUAAGGGAUGGAGAGAGAUAUGAGGAGCCCGAUGAUUCUUUGUAUUUAGGAGAAGAGGACUAUCAGGAAAUUGCCGGAAUGCCUGCAGAUGCAGAAGCCACUGUGACAGAGAGCAGUGUGGAUGACCCAGGUCACAUGGUACAUGACAGUGAGGGCCACUCUGAAGAAUUUGAUGCCGCAGAGUUUUCUGGUGGAGAGCACAGCUGUGAAGACUCAGAAACCAGCAUUUGCUUGGAGGAGGAAGAGAAAAGUCUGGAAGAAAGAAAAAGGGUAUUUAAAGAUGUCCUGUCACAUUUGAACAUGGAUAGAAGCAGAAAACUUCUGCCAGAGUCUGUUCACCAGUUCUCCUUAGAUCGAGGAUACAGGUGGAACCCUGAGACUGCAGGAGGCUUAGCUUGGGAGUUCUUGAUGAAGGUUCAAGCCCUGGAUGUGACAGCCAGAGAUUUAGUCCUCAGGCAUACGCUUGUAGAUGAAGAAAACCAAGAGGAAUCGCCAACUGGCGUGCAGAAGUUGGAAACUCCAGGCACCCAAACCAUCAAUCCCCUGGAUGUCAUUUGUGCCUGCAUGCUGUGUGCAGGCAGCUCUUUGCAACGUGAAAUCAUGUCAAACAUGUAUCAAUGCCAGUUUGCUCUUCCCCUGUUAUUGCCAGAUGCAGAAAACAACAGAAACAUGUUAAUGCUGGGGGCCAUGAAGGACAUUGUGAAGAAUCGGUCGACAGAGUCCUCAGGAAGCCCCACGGGGGACACGGAAACAUCUCUGGCUGGCAUGAAGAUGCCUGUCAUUUCCUUUGUGCGUCUGGGACACUGUAGCUUCUCAAAGUCCAGAAUCCUCAACACACUGCUGAGCCCUGCCGAGCUGGAACCACAGAAUGUAUUUCUGCACCAGGAUUUGGCUGUUUUGGUGCUUCCCCGGCAAAUCUCUGACGGCCUGGUUGAAAUAACGUGGUGCUUUUCAGAUAACAUCCAUUUAAUGGAAAACUCUAGUGUUUUCCAAAAGCCUGUGGCGAUAGCCAACCUCCGUGGCGAUUUAGAGAGCUUUUGGACACAGUUUAGUUUUCUGAUGGAAAUUUCCUCAGCUCUGUUUUUUUUCACUGACUGCUUAGGUGAGAAGGAAAGGAACCUGCUCAUGUUUUUAGGAGAAACAUCCAUGAAAAGGUGCUGCUACUUUGUUCUCAGUCCUCAGGCCAAGGAGAGUGAAGAGGCUCAGAUUUUCCAGAGGCUCCUCAAACUGAACCCAUCACAGCUAUUGUUUUGGGAAGGAGAGGAACAUGCAGACAGGAGGGAGAACAUGAAGGGUCUUCAAGCUGCCCUCCAGGAAGUGAUGUCCUCAUCACUCAAGUGUGUGUCUGUGGAGGACAUGGCUUCUCUGGCCAGGGAGUUGGGAAUUCAUGUAGACCAGGACUUUGAGAUCGAUCAAAGAAAUCAAGUUUCUUCUAGCAAGCACAUGGCUGGAAUAGCUGAAGGUGAUGGUUUGCAAAGCCUAUCUGAGACCCAAGACAAGAUGCUUCAUAGAGAGCCUGGGGCUAGACAUGAAAUGAGUCAGAAUGCUCAGAGUUAUCACCACACUCCAGUAUUCAUGUCUCCUGGAGGGAACUCCCAAGCUUUACUAACCAGAACUGGAGAUAACUCUAAUCAAGUUUCCUUGAAAGUCCCCAUGAUUGUGAGCCCCCACCUUGGAUCGGAACAGAGAUCUAAAUGGUUCUGUUCUUUCUCCCUUCAGGAUACAAGGGCCCAUGCCCAAGGUGUAAGCUUGGGCACUCAAUGCUUCCAACCCCAGAUAUUUCAUUCAGAGGCAAGACUCAUGAACUUUUCAAGAAGGGCUCAAGGAAAUCCCUCUGAUGGAAUACUUGGGAGGCCACCCAUUCCCAUUUUGCCAUCAGUGUGGGCCCUUCCUCAGAGAACACAAACAGUGGGAGCUGGGGCAUUGGUCUCCCAGGUGGGUCACUCUAAUUCUCUGGGUUUCCAGCUGGCAGGAGCUGGCAGGAAGCCACAGCCUGGGCAAGCUUGUGCCCAAGGAACACAGCUGACUAAAACAGCUGACACAUAUAGGAGAAUAACCUCUGAUAAUAAAGAGCCUCAUAUCUUUCAACCAGCAGGAACAAAACCUCUUCCUCAGCGAAGUGCCCAACUAACAAUACAAGGGUGUCCUUCAAAUCCUGCUCUUUCAACAGGAUCCUAUUCUAUCACUGAGAACAAACUUUUACCCAGCUCUCAGUCCAAAUCCCAUCAGCCCAUGCCAUCCCAAGGAGUCCAGCUUUUCCAGUCUAAAUCUUCUUCACCUGUGUUGUUCCAAACUAAGCCCCAGCCCUCCCAUGCUGGACCUGCUCCACCCAAAGCCACUCAGCACAAGCCACACCAGGCCCACCCCUCUCAAGAUAAACCUCCCCAGCCCAGAUUCAGACACAGUCAACCCAACUCAUCUCAGACCAGUUCUUCAAAGAGCAAAGCAAAUCACUCAAGAGCAAGACCCAAGAGGGCUGGGAGGCACUAA